GCGAUCAUGCAAAAAAAGGUAUUUGUAAGACGCUGUCGCGAGUACAGGCCUUAUCCCGGACAACCAUGAGCGAGAAGGAGUCCGCGACCCAUCCGGUCGACCUCAAGACCCUCGAGGAACAGCCCGCUACGCCUGUCCAGCCUCGUCGGAGCGAAGUUCGCACGAAGCUAUGGCUGGUCGGUCUUGUAGCUGCGUAUUGUCUCGCCAGAGUGGGGAUCGCCGCCUGGAGUUAUUCUGACGAGAACUGGCCGUACGAUAUUUACGAGUCCAGCCUUCAGAUCCUGGACUCAGCAAAAACAGAGAAAUUGUUCCUGUCUGUGCCGGAUGAAGCGAGUGCGUUGGCCGCAUCCAGAGCUUUUGCCACGCACCCGCAUCUUGCUGCGUCCGUAGAGGACUUCGCGGACGCCAAAGUGAUCCUCAAGCUCUUCCAGGACGAAUUCGACGUCUCCGCGCCUGAGACCGCGCCUGUCUUUUCGGCAGGCAGUGAGGCAUCCAGGAAUGCCACUCUCAGUAUCAACAAGCUCACUGGCCCGUCAGCAUGGAUUGACGUCUACUACCCCAUCAUGAAUACUCCUCUUGAUCGCGCUCUGCAGAUCAUUAGCGAGGACGGCAAGACCGUCUGGGAUGCAGACCUAGUCGAAGACGGCGAUCCCUUGGACCCACUGGCAGCCAUCUACAGGGAUUACAUUCCCACCUGGCAUGGCUUGAGUCGUGACGGGGAGGUUGAAGGUCAACUCAUCUACGCCAACUAUGGUCGGAAGGAAGACUACGACGAACUCGUUGCAAAAGGUACCAACUUCACCGGAAAGAUCGUCCUUACGCGCUACGGAGCGAACUUCAGAGGUCUUAAGAUCGAAGGGGCGCAGAGACUCGGUGCCGCUGGCGUGCUCAUCUAUACAGAUCCUCGUGACGAUGGGAGCGUGACAGUCGAGAAUGGCUACGAAACCUACCCCGCUGGCCCAGCCAGGAACCCCACCUCUGUACAGCGCGGCUCCGUCCAAUUCUUGUCGCUCUACCCUGGUGACCCGACCACCCCUGGAUACCCCGCGUAUGAAAACGCUACUCGCGUCGAAGGCGAGAAUAUCCCGAAGAUUCCAAGCCUUCCUAUCUCCUGGGCGAAUGCUCAACGCCUCCUUGCCGAGAUCUCGCAUGACCACGAUGCUCGGUCCUUGAAUGGCGCGCCAAGCUGGAGGAAGAUUCGCUUGGUCAACCAUGUGGACGACAAGGUCAUGCCCAUUUGGAAUACUAUGGCUGCCAUUCCUGGACACAUCAAGAACGAAACUGUGCUCAUCGGGUGCCAUCGUGAUGCGUGGGUCAUGGGUGCUGCCGACCCCACCUCUGGAACGGUGUCCUUGCAUGAGGUAAUUAAGGGCUUUGGUACCCUUCUGAGGAACGGCUGGAAACCCUUGAGGAAUGUUGUUAUCGCGAGCUGGGAUGCGGAAGAGUACGGCCUCAUCGGUAGCACAGAGUUCGCUGAGGACUUCGCUGAGUGGAUCUCUGAGAAUGUCGUCGCAUAUAUCAACCUAGAUGUCUCCGUUAGCGGCUCCCAAUGGAGCCCCUCAGCCUCGCCGUCGCUUGCACACCUGAUUCGUCAGGUUGCCCUCGAGAUUCCCCAUCCUACUGACCCUGGAAAGACGCUUUGGGAUGCACGCUCUGACAACGGCCCAUACGCUGGCGAUGCAGACUUGGAAGCCAUCGAGAUCUACGAGAAGGAGCAGCGAGCACAAUCUCUCAGUACGGGCAUCUAUCCGCUUGGUUCCGGUAGUGACUACACAGCGUUCCUGCAAAGGCUUGGGAUUGCGAGCAUGGACCAGGGCUUUGCCCAGACACCGUCCGAUGCGGUCUACCACUAUCACUCCAUCUAUGAUUCGCAGCGCUGGCAGGAGCUCUACGCCGAUCCGGGCUUCCAUCGUCAUGUGGCCGUCGCCAAGCAUCUGGGCUUAGUCGCCCUACGGCUGACAGACGCCGUUAUACUGCCCCUUAACACCUCACAAUAUGCGCUUGAGCUGGAUGACUAUCUGGAAUUCGUGUUGAACGACGCGCCCUCCGACGUCGCUGCCUCUGUCGAAUUCAAAGGCUUGCGCCACGCUUUCAAGAAGCUGCAACACGCCAGUCACAGACUCGACAAAGAGAAGGCCACCGCCGAGAAGCGGUUCAAGGAGCUCCUCGGCAAGCUGCCAAAGCGCGGGACGCCGUUCAACGGGCGUUGGUGGCAGCGCGUGUUGUGCAUGCUCAAGGGCAAGCGGGACCCCAUGCGCGAAUUCAUCAAGGCUGCGAAGCGCGUGCAGAAGGCGAAUUCGAAGCUUGUGGCGUUUGAGAAGGGAUUCAUACACGAAGAUGGAAUCACAGAUCGUGAAUGGUACAGGCACCUCAUUAUUGCACCUGGCAAGUGGCUAGGCUAUGGUGCCACGCCUUUGCCCUCGAUCUAUGAUGCGCUGGUGAACGAGAAGAACGUCACUCGCGCACGGCACGAGGUCAAGCGCGUACAGCAUCUACUUCACAAGAUGGCGGACACGAUCGAGCCUUGAUGGCGUUUCUGGAUAUCACAAAUGAUGUACUCGGGUGGUCUGCCUAGAAUAAUGGAAGUACAGUAUAUGUAGAAGCGCUGCGAAUGUUGCAUAUGCGGGAACAAGAAAUGGCUCAAGAAAGGGUCUGCAAAUAUAAAGGUAUAGUGUACGGCGUUAUGACACGCCCCGGAGUCGCCUCCAGCCUGCGGGAUGGACAUCUUCCAGAUGCUUGACAAGGUCUUCGUGUUGUGUGGUCGGCAUGGGUACCGGAGGCUCGUCCGUAACGGCUUUCACAUUGCGGAACCUGCCAAAUCGUCAAGCACUAUCGUAAAUAACGCACAAAUGUAACGCUUACUGGCACAUUUUGCACCACAUCUUUCCCUCCUUCUCUUCAAACGCGAUCUUGAUGCAGACGUCGACGCGUACCAAACCAUCUGCGUCCUUGUCGCCGUCAUCGUCGUCCGUCUCCUCGUCUGCUUCUGGCGCGGGGGCUGGAAGCGGGACCUCAGCCUGGGGCUUCGGCGAUGCGAUAUGCUGCUCCAGCUGCGAGAGUUGGUCCCCGAGAGUUGCGAGGUCGAGCGGGGGCUGCGCGAGCAGCACAGGUUCCCCGGCGGUCUGCGUCGUACGCCGUCGCUUCCGUACAGGUUCUUCACUAGCUACGGCGUCUUUGCUCACGCUCUCCGUAAGAUCGAUGGUGCCCCUGGCCCUUUGCGUAAAAGCAGGCACAGGAGACGGCUGGCCGACUGUCUGAGCAGGAACUAUCCGGAUAGUUCCAAGUCUCCCCGCCUGGGUAGGCGGGGUGAUACGGAUGGCACUAAGCCCGCUAGACUUUUGGGUUUUGCUUGCCGCAUCUCCCACGUUGCUUGUUGUAGUCGAUUCUGAGUUCCGUCGAGAGGCCGGUCUCGAGGAAGGCCUCGAUUCGGGCCAAUUAGACGGGGCCACAUGGGACGGUACAAUGGCCGUCGUCUAGCUCGACAUCAGA